UAUUAGCCUAUUUAUAUUUAUUUUUAUUCUCUAACUGAACUGUAAUUUUUUGGGAAAACUAGUUUUUAUUAAAUUUAUAUGAUGUCAAAAAUAAUAAACAGUAAUGGAAAUAAGGCGGGAAGUAUUUACAGGAUCGCUCUUGAAAACUUUGUGACAUAUAAACAAGUGGAAUUAUAUCCUGGAUCAUCACUUAAUGUUAUAAUCGGACCUAACGGAACGGGAAAGUCUACCUUUGUUUGUGCUAUUAUUUUGGGUUUGUGUGGAAAACCCAGUGUUAUUGGUCGGGCGAAAAAGUUAUCUGAGUAUGUUCGUGGAGGCUGUGAAGAGGCUACCAUAGAAAUAGAACUAUACCAACAACCUGGAAAACAAAAUGUUAUUAUUACUAGAAAUUUCAAUCUAAAAGAUACCUCCAUGUGGUAUAUCAAUCAUAAAACUGCAAGAGAGAACCAAGUUCAAGACCUCAUUACAUCACUUAGUAUACAGGUAGAUAACUUAUGUCAACUAUUACCUCAAGACAGAGUCCAGGAUUUUUCCAAAAUGAAUCCACAGCAACUACUUCGCAGUACAUUAUCUGCUGUUGGAGGGAAUGAAAGUGUAGAACAAUUAGACGAACUAAUAGAAACAAGAAAUGAACAACGUAACCUUUCCACCACACAGGAGAAUAAUGCACAAUUGUUACAGGAACAGAUUCGAUUGAAUGAGAGAAUAAAAGUGAUAAUUGACACAUUAAAUCAAAGAAAAGAUAUUGAGAGACAUAUUGAAUUAUGCGAAAAAAAGAAACUUUGGAUUGAAUACCAAGAACUUAAAACAAAAGUGAAUGAAUACAGCCAAGAUAAGAAGGGGGCAGUAAAAUUGGUGGACACACAUACAAAAAAAAUGGCGCCACUGGAGAAAGUUUUAGGAAAUGCAAAAAGCAAAAUUAGCACAUUGGAACAGAAAAAACUUAGUGCGGGUCGAGAAAUUCAUUCGUUAACAGACAAAGUAAAAGAGACAUUAAGCAGCGUUAAUUCGCUAGAAUAUGUCCUGAAAGAGAUAGACUCGGCCUUCCAAGAGAAGUUGGAACGGCAUCGAAAUAGAAAGAGAGAGUUGGGCGUGGCUAAAGUUAAGUUGGACAAACUGAUUGAUGAUAAAAGACUCGCUGCUGAACAUGUUGGAGAUGAAACAAGUAUAAAAAUGAAAUUGGCUGAAAUUCAUAAAUCUAUAGCGACAACGAAUGCAACAAUUGACACUUUAAAAAAGAAGAAAUUGGAAGUAGAGUUCGAUUAUGAAAAUAAUAUUGUACCCCAAAUGAGAUUGUAUCAGAACAGAAUAAAUAAUUUACAAGACGUAAAUAAGACCCGCCUAGAGAGUCUACGCGAAAGUGACCGAACCAGAGAUGCCUACAAGGCAGUCAUGUGGCUCAGAGCCAAUCGCCAUUUAUUCAAGCAUGGAGUCUAUGAACCUAUGAUGCUAGAGAUAAACUUCACAGACCCAAAAUUCGCACGUUACCUAGAAGCAACGGUUGAUUCACGGGACCUCAUCGCAUUUACUUUCGAAUCCAGCCAAGAGAUGAAUUUGUUUAUGAGAAACAUGAGAGAGAUGAAUUUGAAGAUGGUGAACGCGGUAUGCAGCGAACCCGCUACCCUCAACUUGCAGAGGCAGGAUAUUUCCGAACUUAGCUACCUCGGCUUCUACACCUACAUGUUGGAUACAAUUUCAGCUCCAGACGCGAUUGUCCGUUAUUUGUGUAGAAAUUACUCGAUUCACAAAAUACCUAUUGGCGACGAGCACACCUUUAAUAAUAGCGGGAAUGUACCCGCAAAUAUCACCUUUUAUUUUACAGAAAACCACAGAUUCUCAGUGCGCGUAUCGGAAUACAGUGGCGCGAAAUCCAGUUCUAUCACUGAAAUAAACCCACCUCGUCUACUCGCCAAAACUGUGGACGUUGAACAGAUUAAUAAAUUUAAGAAGCAGUUAGCAAACUUUGAAAAAACAGCAACUACACAUAAAUCGAAGUUGCAGGAAUUUAACAACCAACUUUCGCCACUAGAGGUCACUUUGAACAAUUUUAAUAUGGACAGGAAGAACAUCAAUGAGAGCAUAGAAAAGAUACGAACACUAAGCGCACAAAUACGUUUACAAACGAAGAAAAUGGAGGAAAUACAAAAUGAAUCUUCCCUUAACAUAGAGUCGGAGAAAGAGAACUGUCAGAAGAGACAAAAAGAGAGUGUACUUAAGCAAUGUCAUCUUCAUUCGCAAUUGAAAGACCUUUUAAAGGAAUUGCAGAAAAAGAUGCAAGAAAAAGAAUUGGUUGGGAUAAAACUGGAUGUAAGCAGAAGUGCUAUAAUACAGCAUGAAUCGGAAUUGAGAGAACUGAAGAAUGAAUUACGAAAUGUUCAAGUAACUCUCGAAAACAUACAAAACUGCUUAACCUGUGCCGUCUCAAAAGCAAAAGAAAAACUAUCAGCAGCAAAACGUUCCUGCAAUAACAAACUACCCACAGACUCAGAUUUUCCUUAUAAAGACGAUUUUGAGAAACUACCCUCUGAUUUGACAGCUCUACAGGAACACUGCUUUGAUUUGCAGACACGGAUAGAUUGUAUGGAUACUAGUGAUGAACAGGUACUAAAAGAAUACAAAACACGGGAAAGGACUAUUGCAAAACUUCAGUCUGAUAUCACAAACUCAUCGGAUAAGAACAAACAGUUAGAAGAAAAAAUGAAUAAACUCAAAUCAAAAUGGCUGCCGUCGUUGGAAACGUUGCUGCGUAACAUAGACCGUGCAUUUGGAUCUAUGUUCGCCAAAAUGGGAUGCGCCGGAGAAGUUAAAUUGGACAAAACUGGGGCUGAUGAAGACUACGACAAAUACGGUGUGGGUAUAUACAUUAGAUUCCGGGCGGAUGAACAAUUGCAGCAAUUAACACGUCACGCGCAGAGUGGUGGCGAAAGGGCAUUAUGUACUGCCUUGUACCUUAUGGCGCUGCAGGCUUUAACGACCGUGCCCUUUAGAUGUGUGGAUGAAAUAAAUCAAGGCAUGGACGCGAUAAAUGAGCGGAAAAUGUUCCAAUUACUCGUCAAAGUCACCACGGAGUGCGAAAAUGGACAGUAUUUUCUUUUGACGCCUAAACUAUUACCCCAACUGGAAUAUGGCGAAAACAUAAUGGUCCACACAAUUAUGAAUGGCAAAGAAUUGAUGAAUUAUAAAAAAUGGAAACACGAUAAACAUUUACAAAAGGCUCGGACCUAUCGGCUAUCGCAGGCCACAAGCAGUAUGUAAAUUUAAUAUCGAUAUGUACACAAUUGUAUGGCUGUUUUUAAUUUUAAUUAAAUGUGUUGAAAACACUUGCAAAACUAAGCUUGUAAAAACAGCUCCUCUAACUCAAACUCACUUUAUUCAUAUAGCUAAACGAGUGAACGUGAACAGAAAAGAUUCUAAACGUACAUUUACUACCUGUUCAAAGGCGUAGAGCGGGCAAGAAGAACUGGCAAGAAACUCUCCGCCACUAUUUUUUAGUCGCCAAGUUUUGAGUCAUACAAAUUGUUCAAUAUUCGUUGAAUUAAUAAAAAGCUUUAUUGAUUAAUUUACGUUUAACGAGAGCUUUGAAUUUAUUUAGUUAUAAUUCUGUAAUUUCGCUUGGGAGUUUGUUGUAAAAUGCUGCGAAUAGUGUAACUAUGCUAAUAAAACUUAACUUGUUAUACUAAAAUUAAAACAAAUAACACAAGUUAUAAGAGAUUCAAGGAUGUCUAACAAGCGAUCUCUUGCAACCCUAGUAAAGAAAAAAAAAACUCUAAAAAAAUAUAUAUAUGUACAUAUAAAAUAGUCACGAUUGACUUAUGUUAAGACUUUUAAAAGAGGUACUUUUAUCUGGAAUGCAUCUAGGAUUGUGAAAAACUAAAAACUCGGCGAUUUAAAGAGUGGCGGAGAGUUUAUUGCCAGUUCUUCUCUUCAGUUCCGUUCUACGACCUUGAUUUGAGUACUGGCAGUAAAUGUAAAAUUAGUAGCAUUUAAUAUAUUUUUUUGACGUGCAUAAGUGUACAUUGUGUUACCUAUAUGAAUAAAUGAUUUUGAAUUUUUUGAAUGAGCAUUUUCACGAAUUAAGUAAGAAUCUCAAUUGAGAACUGUCAUGUGUCUAUCUAAAAAUCUUCAACUAAAAACUACGUUGGUUGGUUGAUGACAUCUAACGGGUCAAAAAAAACUAUGAAAAUAAAAAAAAAUCAUUAUUAUUUAAAAAAAA